GGCCUCCGACUAGCGCUACAACUACUACUACUACCACUCUAGCGGCCGCGUGGAGACUGAAGACGUAGGGUGUGGACUGCGUGGUAAACUCUUGCAAGUGUACUGCUUAGAUACUCUUAAAAGAUAUACAGAUGGCUGUGAAGAAGAAUAGAAAAGCUAAACUUGGAGAUGGAGAGAUUGAACAAAAAGGGAAAAUGCAGCAGAAGGAAGGACAACCUACAGAAGGAAAGGGUACAGAAGGAAAGGGUACAGAAGGAAAAGGUACAGAAGGAAAAGGUCCACAUUCCAUCAGAGUGCCGCAACUCUACAAACAAGCUUCAGUAAUACUGAAAAAAUAUGAAAACAAGGAGGGAUCUUUAAAAACACUGAUUUAUUCAGGAAAAUAUACGAACUAUGGAGUGAUGUUUGGUCUACUCACUAAAUUGGUUAAAAAUCAAGAAGCUGUGAAAAGUGCCAUUGCUGCCUCAAACUUGCUCGUUGAACAGCCUAGUUUUGAUCCACAUCUUGCCCAAGUAUUGGCUACUCAGGCUCUUUCCAAAGGGUCAGUUGUUGGAAAGUGCAAACCAAUUGUUGUAUUUAAAGAGUACGAAGAAAAGAUAAAAGCUACAGCUGCAAACUCAUUUUCAGCUAAAGCAGCAGUAAAAGAUAAGGAUCUUUUACCUCGCUAUGUGAGAAUCAAUACACUGGUGAGUUCAGUGACUGAUGUGCAUGCCCAACUCAAGAAGGAUAGAUUUAUCCUGCAGGAUUAUGACCCCAGCGUAGAGUCGUAUGAUGACUUUUUGGAACGUGUUAAGAAUUUGGUUACUCCAUAUUACUUGGUUGAUUACCACAUUCCAGAGUUACUGGUAUUUCCUCCAGGGAUCCCAUUUUGGAACAGCUUUUUAUAUAAGAAAAAUGCCAUCAUUCUCCAGGACAAGGCCAGCUGUUUACCAGUGUUCGUGAGUGACAUUCAGGAGACAAGCAAUGUCUUGGAUGCUUGUGCUGCCCCAGGCAACAAAACUUCAUAUAUUGCUGCUAAAAUGAAUAACCAAGGGAAGGUAAUUGCUGUCGAGAACGAUCUGAAACGCUUUGAGACCUUGGUAAAGAUGAUUCGCUUUCGUCGAGCAUCCUGCGUAACCUCUCUGAACAAGGACUUCUUUACCCUGAAACCUGACAAUUUUCCUAAUGUUGAACACAUUUUUGUUGAUCCAUCAUGUUCAUCUAGUGGCACAACGGUCCAUAAUGACGAAGUCUCUAAGGAACGAAUUGCAAAGCUGGCAUCACUUCAGACUAUUUUACUGAAGAGAGCACUUUCCUUUCCCUCUGUAAAGGAAGUGAUCUACUCGACCUGCUCUGUGUACAAGGAAGAAAAUGAACAAGUCAUUGAAGAUGUUCUCACCCAGUAUCAUGAAGAAUUUGAGCUGGCUGAUCUUGCAACUUGCCUUAAAGGAUGGAAGCAUUUUGGGCAUGAUACUUACAGCUUUGGUAACAAAUGCCUGAGAACAGACAUUAACAUUGACAAAUGUACAGGAUUCUUUGUAGCAAAGUUUGUUAGGAAGCAGGCAGGUAAGGGAGAAAAAAGAAAAUCAGCAGAUGAAGAAUGUCAUGACUUGAAUCCACCCAAGUCGAAAAAGGAAAAGAAAUCUAAGAAGAGUAAGAAAUUGUAAGAUGUUACAAAUAAUAGUGAUCAGACUCCUGAGGUCUCUGUGACAAAAUUAACCUAGUGAGCAGAAUACUGUUGAACAUGAAAAAUUAAGAAAUUACAGCAUUAGGGUCUUCAGAAGAUGCAGAGACAAAGCAGUCAGCUG